CAGCAUAAUGGCGGCUGUUGUGAUGCUUUCACAUACUGUACAUGUGUUAUAGAUACGUAAACUGACUUUGCAUAAUACUUAUUUCAUAUUAAAUAAUAGUAAAGGAAAAUAAGGUGAUAUUGUUUUCCUCACUAUUAAUUUUUAUUUGAUGCUCUAUCGUUUGAUCUAGUAUGCGGACGGACUGAACGACCCGGUGACACUGACCACUGAUCGGAGUGACCGAUGCCGAUGGUGAUUAUAAUUGGGAAGCGUUCGUUAAUUUUAAGUUAAACGCAAUCGGCUGCGCAUAACCCUAAGAGUUAUUCCCAGCCGACUGCGUAUAACUCUCAAUGUUAUACGCAGUCGGCUAGGAAUUUAGCCAAAUAAGGUUUUUUACCGCUAGUUUGACAAUUAAAUUUUUUUUAUUUAAUGAGUAAUUAGCUGCAUUAUCGGUUGUUUUGAACUAUAACUUUUAAUAAGUUUUAAUGUGUGUAACAUAAAAUUUUAAUUGAAUUAAUUUUAAUCAAUAUUGAAUAUUAGUAUUAGUCACUUAGUGCUAUUAUUAGUAUUAUUGCUUGUAUCUUAUAUAUUAUAAUUAUAAGUCUAAGUCAAAGUCUACAUUUCUUAGAGUCUAAGCCUAAGAAGAUGAUUUUUUUAAAAGGCAUUUCCAUGGUUUAAGUCUAGUUCUGUAUUCUGAUUGAUUAGGUUUUUAUAUGUUGCUAUGACUAUGUGGUGGGUUUUACUGACUAUUUUAGGAAAUACAUUUUAUUUAUUUUAAAAAAAAUUAUAUCAUUCAUGAUUUUUUUUUUUUUGGUGACCUAAAUGUAACAGUUUUCAGCUUCCAUGCAAAACUAUAACUGUGUGAAAGUAUUACUUACAGUGCCCCCUCUACAGAACCCCCUGCCCCUACAGUCUACAGCUAUUUUUUACUGCUACUCUCCACCCCUGGUUAUAAUUACUGUACCAGAGAAACAUGUUUUUAUCUGCCACAAAAUUAGUUAACAACACACAUAUAUAUUAUGAUAAUUAUAAGAAUAACAUUAUUAACAUUACAUUGGUCAAGUUAAUUCUUAUCAUUUUUUAACCAUUUUUAGCCAAAACAAAAAUAAAACAAUAUAGACCUCAUGUGACUUGCCGACUGCGUUUAACUCUCAGGGUUAUACGCAGUCGGCUUCGUAUAACCACUUCAAUUAUAAUUAUAAGCCGAUAAUACCGAUAAUAAGUAUAAUAAUAAGUCAUAAGUGUAACUUCAAUAACUUGUGAAACUGCUAAGCUAAAAGUAAAAGUGCAAACACUAUUACUGCAACAUCUAGACACUAGAAUAGUGCUGAGUAGACUAGGCUGAGGUGAGUUGACAACACUCAAGCUCUCUGACUCUGUCGUAGCAUUUGUUAACAUUUGUUUGUAAAAUGUCACCACUCUAUGAAGUCUGUGACACAAACAACAGACACACAGGGGUCAGGCCAAGUUACCCAUUUGAUUAAACAAAAUAUUUGAAAGGUAGAAAAUCAUAGACUUUGAAUUAAAAUAAGUUUUUUAAAUCUUGUUUUGGACAACUAUGUCAGUAUACAAGACAAGAGUUUCAAUUAGCCUAUGCUAGGUCAGUCUAGGUGUUGAGUAACUAGUAACCACAACAACAUUAUGUUGCCUUGUGGGUGUAGUGUGCUCCUUUAUUGAUUUAUUAGUAGCUCACUGGCCAGAUGCAGUGUUGUCACAGUCAAAUAAAAAAUUAAUGUCCCAAGAUUGAACAGACUUUUUAUUUAGAUAUAAAAUAUAUUUAUUUUUUAUUGAGCCUUUAUGCCUUUAUUACCCCAGCCCCAAGAGUUUCAUUUUUAGCCCAACUUAUCCUAGUUUGCCAACCCCUUGCUCUAUCAUAAUCAUACACUCCACUAGCCACCAACUAAAAAAUAUGAAGAUUUAAAACCAGUAUCAUUAAAUACGUCAUAGUGAAACAUCGUCCAUUUUCAAAAAGUCCCUUAAAACUCAUCUGUUUAGGUCCGCCUAUGACCUGUGAUGCACCCUCCUUGCCCUACCUCAUUUUCUGUUUCGGGUUGAUCCUGAAGUGUCAAAGUGUCCUUGUUUUAUAGCCAUUUUCAUUGUUUGUAUAGUAUAGUAGUUACUAUCCUAGUGUCUCAUUUUUAUUUACUUAGUUUACAUGUUUUAAUAAUUGUAAAGCGCUUAGAGCUUUAUGAUAAGCGCUAUAUAAAAAUGCCUAAAUAAAUAAAUAAAUAAAUAACAAUUAUUUUACUUAGCCUAUACUCACUAUACUGUCUGUACUCAAAUAACUUAUACUUGUGUACUGGCCUUAGGCACAGGUCAUGACAUAUUUGAUACCUUUAUAGGUAUACUGAUAAUAGAUACCCUUAAUUAUUAAUUGGGUUACCAUUAAUUGUAAUUAAUACAAUGAAGCAAAAUUUUGCUGUAACUUACAAAAAAAUUAAGAGCGACUUUUAAAAAAAAUUCCCUUUUUUUACAUAUAUAUUUUUAUCCAGGGCUUCCCCAUGUCCUGUGAUAAUAAUUUAAACAAUUGUAUUUAACAGAAGUACAUUUUCUGUCUCAUGAUCUAACCAAAUGUUUUAAAAGUUGGUUUUUGAAGUUAUUAAGUUUUUAGUAUCGCCUGUGAAAUAUUUGGAAAACCUUUUCAGUUUAUUACACUUACAGCACAACAAUUCAUGACAAUCUGUACUCCCUAUGUUUAGCUGAAGAUUAUUUGUGUCAGUACGAUAGAAAUUAAUUUAAAAAAAUUAUUGUGUAAUAAAAAAAAUUCAUUAACUGCUGUGAAAAAAAACAAAAAAAACUUUUUGCUCACUUCGAUUUAUGUGUUCUUUUUGGAGAAUUUUUCCUAUAGGUAUAAAGUGUCAAAAAUUUGGAUUAAAAAAACAUUUCCAAGUUUGUUUAUUUUAUAAAAUAAUUUAACCUACCUAACUUUUAAUGUAAUAAUUAUUGCAUAAAUAAAAACAUAUUUAUUCCAUCUUGGUGUCAAGAAAUUAAAAUUUUGGUUUUAUUUUUUCCACCCCCCCCCCCCCCCUCCCUCAUCAUUUAGCCUUUCAAGAUGAAGAGGUUUACCUUUCUUUGGGGAGCAUUGCUGUUUAUGGUUACCAUGAUCAUGUUAUACAUGAUGUUGGACACACUCAAUACAUACCCCAAAUCUAACAAUAUAGAUUCUGUAAGUAUUUUGUAAAAAAAAAAAAAUAAUAGUUGUCUUGUUUGUUCGAUCACAUUAAGUUAUUGAUUUUAACUGUAAACAUUUAAGAUUUAGAUAAAAUAAGAAGACAUUUUUUGCCCAUAGCUUGCAAUGAGUUUAACCAUUCAUCACCAUCACUCUAUAAGAAAUAAAAACCAGUCUGAAGAUCUAUUUUUUUUCAUUAUAAUAUACCAAAACUAACAGAAUUCAAGAUGAGAUGAGUUUUAAAAAAAAAUACUUUGUGAUCUAGUUACAACUGAUAGAAAGCAAGAUGACUAAAAUAGAGAGUGAUAUUGAUGUGAACAAGAAAAUUGUACAGCAGAUAAGAGAUGAAAUAAAUGAGUUGAUCAAAGCUGGGCCAGAUGCCUUUACCAGGUUGAAACCAAUAUUAGAGGUGAGAAUUUUAGUUUGUUUCCCCACUAGUGUCCAACCUGUUGUCGUAUUGUGUUCCAAACUUCUGUACCUUAGGUGAAAUUUAAUUGAGUUUUAGGUUUUUAUAUCUAUCAUUAUACACUGCAGACUUAACAGUUACAUCUUUUUGGAUUCGAAUAGAAGUUUAAACCAUUUUGCUUGCUGGUUAACAAAAUAAUUUUAGAAUAAAGGUCAGUUAGUUUCAUCGCAGUACACCAACUGAUAGAAUGUUGAAUCUUCAAGUAUCCAUCAAGUCCACCAACAUCAACCCUUUGCUGAUCCAUUUUCACUGAUUCAAACUGAAAUUACACCCACCAGAGAUUGAUAUUUCUAUCACCAAAGUAAACAAGUUUACUUUUUUCCUCCCUCUAUUUGCUUUUCUGUUUGUUAUCACCAGGAACAAAAAACCCCAUCUCCUGCCCAGCAGAUAGCUUUACUUCAAGUUGACAAAUUAAGGAAGGAAGAGUCCUAUGAAGUGUCUGUGUUUGUUGAGACUCCUUUUUCAAAGGGUGAGUACUUGCAUUGCAAGUAAACGACAAAAAAAAAAAAGCAACAAAAAAAAAACAUUUGAAUUUGUUGGGCUUCAUAGAAUACAGAAACCUUGGUUUUUGUGUUAGUUGCUUUCCCCUGUUAUGUUAUAAAAAUUUUUAUAUAACAUAAAAAUUUACUUACAAAGUUCAAUAAAAACACUUUGAGUGGUAUGUGUGACAUUUGGUGGUUAGAGCAUAAUGCGUCGUUAAGUAAGCCCAGAUGCUCAGUAUUAUUCACAAACUUGUUUAGCAAAUACUAUCUGUUUUGCAUAGUAGAGGUAUGCCUCUAUUUAAAUAUUCCUGUUUGUUGAAAUGAUAAAAUGAAUGAAUGAGAAAAAAAAAAGAUUCUUAGGCAAAUUUUAUAAUUUUCGUAGCUCCUCCUUUGUUUUCUUCUUUCUUAACAAGUGGGGGGAAAAAAAAUUAUUACACCACUUAUGCAUUUCCCCCCCCCCCCCCCCCCCCCCCCCCUUAUCAUCGGUUUGAAAUUCAAGUUCUCAUUCCAUUCAUACUUAAGGUCCUGCUUAUCGACAUAGCAAUGCUACUGAUGCAUGCCCACCAGCCUUUACACUUCUUUCCAGCAUUAGUCUUUGUAGGAACACUGAGAAGGAACUCUGCACUAAUUUUUGCUUUUUAUUGCAGUGUUGCUGUUACAAAAUUAAUUUUCCAGCCAUUCAAGACACUCAUUUAAGAUUUUCAUUUCAAAUAUUUAAUUCUUUUUUUUUUACAGAGAUGUGUCUUUGGGGUGAAAGUGCUUUCGCUCAGACGGACAUAAAUGUAAGCCUAAAAUGUUAUCCACAAAUGUUUAGCCGUAAAUGCAAGCUAAAAGUUUAGCCAUAAAUAUAAGCUUAAUGUUAGCCAUAAAUGUAAGCUAAAAAUUUAGCCACAAAUGUAAGCUGAAAGUUUAGCCAUAAAUGUUAGCUAAAUGUGAGCCAUAAAUGCACGUUUUAGGCUGAACGUCAAUGGAUCAUAUUUUAGACACAUGUGAUUGCAUUCACCCACAUCUGGGAGACAGUGUUAUGGUUCUUAUACAUUCAUCUGACUUGUCUGGCAAUAUACAUACCUGACAAUGCUUACACAUUUUUUUAAUGUAAAAGAAGCUUAGUCAAAAUUGUGCCACAGUUUUUCUUUUAAAAAAAUUUAGUGAUUUGUUUUAAAUCAAAGUACCUCACCCUGCAUUACGCUUCAAAAUAAAGUCUUGUAGCACGCUGUUGAGGUAAAUGCAAAGAGGUUUUCACCUUGUGGUACAGUGUAGAGUUUUAUUGUUUUCACGACAACAGAUCCACAAGGUCGUGGCAGAAAUCCCUUUUGACAAUCCCGAUGGUGGGCCUUGGAAACAAGGGUGGCAGGUCACCUACCCUUCUGACCGGUGGACUCAGGGGAAUCAACUCAAGAUUGUCCUAGUACCUCAUACCCAUUGUGAUCCUGGUAAGUACGUAGUGAUGCAGUUUAUUAUACCAUUGUGAUACUGGUAAGAAUGUCGUAAACAUGUCCGAGGCUUUAGUGAACAACCUAAUGAAUGAAAAGACAUGCAAAUUAAAUUAAAUAUACAAUGCGUAAAUGCAACUCAUUAGUUUUUAUAUAAUUUUUAUAUUAUUCUUAAAUCUCCAAAGAGGCAGCCGUUUUAAAAUUUUUGUAUUGCUUCAUCAUUGUCAAUGUCUUCAGUUGAUUACGUUUGAUCCAGACUAUUGACUUGAGUUAUCAAUAUUUUUUUAUGCUGACCUGACUGCCCUAUCAAUUUAUUUAUGCUGACUCAAAUGUUCUAUUAAUGUUUUACUAUGUUGACCUGAAUGUGCUAUGAAUGUCUUAAUAUGUUGACCUGAAUGUCCUAUCAAUGUUGUACCAUGUUGACCUGAAUGUCCUAUGAAUGUCUUAAUAUGUUGACCUGAAUGUCCUAUCAAUGUUGUACCAUGUUGACCUUAAUGUCCUAUCAAUGUUUUAAUAUGUGGACCUGAAUGUAUAACAAUUUUUACAGUGCUGACCUGCAUGUCCUACCCAUGUUUAUUACGCAGACCUGACUGUCCCGUAUAUAUCUUUGCUCAGGUUGGAUCAAGACCUUUGAAGAGUACUACAGCACACAGACCAGGCACAUCCUUGAUAACUUUGUGCCCAAGCUUGAGCAGAAUCCCAAGUACAAGUUCAUGUUCACGGAGAUCUCUUACUUCUCGAGAUGGUGGGGGGACAUUGGUGAUGACUUGAAGCAGAGGGUCAAAAGGUGCUUGUCUUUCAAAAUAAUUUAAUACACCAACAUUUUAAUAAAACGUAACCCUUUUAGUAAAACGCACUCUGAAGGUGCUCUGAAGAAACACACACAUUUAAAAAAAAAAAAUCCCAAACUAUCACAAACUUAAAAAAUUAUGAAAUAUAUUUAUGCAUGUUUUGUCCUUACAUUUGGCAUUGAAUAAUGUUAUUUUCCAAUCUUCACAUUUCUCCCCAACAACUACAACAUAGACUGAUUGACAAUGGUCAGUUUGAGUUCACCACUGGCGGAUGGGUCAUGACAGAUGAAGCCAACGCCCACUAUUUUGCCAUGCUGGACCAGCUGAUAGAGGGCAACCAGUGGCUGAACUCAACAUUGGGUUCGUAGUCUUUCGCUGGAUCGUUUUUAACUCGCUCAACUCCGUAAUAAAUUGUGUGGUUUUUUUUGGUGGUUUUUUUUGGUGGUUUUUUUUUAAAGGGAACUGGGUACUGUUAUCAAAUUAAGAAUGUUGGGUAAUGUUUUAAAAGAAGUACAUGAGAUUUUGAAUGCUAAAAAAAAAAAAAAAAAAAAAAAAAAAAAAUAGUUGGGUGGUCGUGGAGAAUGUUUCUUUAUACAAAAUAAAAAAAAAUGUGUGUUCAUGUAGUGUUGGUUUCUUUGCCAUGUGGUGUCAGUGGCCAUGCCAUGUGGUGUCAGUGGCCUAGCCAUGUGGUGGCAGUGGUCUUGCCAUGUCGUGUCAGUGGCCGUGCCAUGUGGUGUCAGUUUCCUUGCCAUGUGGUGUCAGUGGCCUUGCCAUGUGUUGUCAGUGGCCUUGCCAUGUGGUGUCAGUGGCCUUGCCAUGUGGUGUCAAUUUCCUUAUCUGUUAUUUAAUCUCUUUAUUAUUGCCAUUAUCACAGCCACAUGCUUUUAAUGAAUAGGCGUGAUAUUAAUGCAAGGAAACAAAUUAAUAUCACAACAUCAUUCGUGAUUUGUUUUCCCCUAUAAGUCCUCAAACUUUUAUGUUUACGACAGGUUACAAACCUCAGUCUGGCUGGGCCGUUGACCCGUUCGGCUACUCGUCCACCAUGGCCUAUUUACUCAAACGCUCAAACUUUAAUAGUAUGCUCAUACAGAGGGUUCAUUACUCCAUGAAGAAAUAUCUGGCCAAGGACAGCAACCUUGAGUUCAUGUGGAGACAACACUGGGGUGAGCUAUGUUACUUUGUAUAUGCUGUAGAAUGUAAGAGUAUUAUAUUAUUUUUGAACUAAGAGGAGUUGGACCUGCUUUUCCUUUCAAGAAAAGGGAGAUAAGUCUAGAUUUAAUGUAAUUCUCUAGUACUAGCAGUGUAGUUAUUGCCCCUAAACUAGGUUGUGUUUAAUUUAUAUGAAUUGUACUGUUGCCCUAAAGUCAAAGAUUGUGAGAACAUCAAAUUCAUAAAUUACAUUUUCUAAUGAAAGAAAAAACAACAUUAGUCUCUUAUUGACAAAAACGUAUCCUGAGAUAUUUUUAACUCGAGAAAUUUCUAGAAGAAAAAACAGAAAACAACAGAAACUUGAUCAAAGGGGGUGGUGGGGGGGGGGGGCAUAAGUAAAUAGGCUUUAACUACAAAUUAUUUAACCUCAUUCCAUUAUUGAUGAUGAUAGUAAAAUCUAGGGGGACAAAAUUUGGGCCUUAUUCAAAGUAAUGCUUAUAAUAAAGCUUAACCGUGAUGUUAAAUUCAUUUUGAUGACUAUUUUUAAUGUUAUUUUCUUUUUAAAAAAAAAAUAAAUAAUUAUGUAAUAUAUUGCUUUAUUGAUUUACUGCAUGGUUUUCCAAUAUGUUAACCUUAUAAGAGUUAACUUACUGAUUCAAAUUAUUAUUCUAUCCUCCAUGUGGCAGAUUCCUCUGGCAACACUGACAUAUUUACACAUUUGAUGCCAUUUUAUUCAUAUGACAUUCCCCAUACAUGUGGCCCCGAGCCUGCUGUAUGUUGCCAGUUUGACUUUAGGAGAUUGCCAGGUAGUGCCUUCAGAUGCCCAUGGAAUAUUAACCCAGUCGCUAUAAAUGACAUAAAUGUUGAAGAAAGGUUUGUGAAAUUUUUGCUUCCAUUUUCAGUUUGUAUGUCAUUUGGGGACUAUUGCCCUACAGUUACAAGGAUAUAGAAUGUUUUGGAGUAUUGCCCUACAGUUACAAGGGUAUAAUUUGUUUAUAGAUUGGGACUACUGCUCUAAAGUUAAAGGGUGCAGAAUGUUUUGGACUAUUGCCCUACAGUUACAAGGGUAUAGUUUGUUUAUAGAUUGGGACUACUGCUCUAAAGUUACAAGGGUAUGGAAUGUUUUGGACUAUAGCCAUAAAUUUACAAAGGUAUAGAAUGUGUACAGUUUGAGACUGUUGACCUUAAGUUUCAAUGGUAUUAGGUGUGAGCAAGUUACUUGUAAAGUAAUGUAAAUGUGUGUUAAACAUUUGAGAUAGAAUUGGUCUGAAGUGUGAAGCUUGUUCGGUUCUGAAUCUUUGUUAUGAAAGCAGGGCUUAGAAAUCAGUGUUGAAAUUUUUAACUCUAAAUUUUUUUAUGUGGUUAUGCAGUUAAGUUUUAUUUUGUAAAAGGUAAUUUCAAUAUUGUAUAAGGUUACAUCUUCACACCUCAUGGUUACAAAAGCCACCAUAUUUGCCAACAGGACUAGAUUAAUCCUAGAUCAAUGGAAGAAGAAAGCCACUCUGUACAAAACCAACGUCCUUCUUGUUCCGCUCGGAGAUGAUUUCCGCUACAUGCAGAUGGAAGAGUUUGACCUGCAGUUCGGCAACUACGAGAAGAUAUUCAGCUAUUUGAAUACACACCCAGAACUUGGAGCCCAGGUAACCAGGAUGAAUGCUGCUUUGAACUCGAAACAAUUAGAGUAAGGAGCACAGUUAUACUAUAUAGUGUCUCUGAUCUAGUCACCGGGAGCUGCUUAGUCAGUGUUUCACAAAAGUUUGUACGCAAUGACUUUUACGGUUAGUUAACAAACAAUUGGAAGUUUUUUUAGAUUUAAACAUUUCUGAAACAAAAAUCUGCUAUUUUAAGGUCAGUUUUGAUCGGUCAGUGUCUAUCAGUUUAGCCCUCGUUUGAUAUUUAAUUUUCAUCCCUUUAUGACUUAGUUUCAGCUUUCUAUCUCAGGUGUAAAUUUUACUUUUCACACCUUUAUAACAGGGUCAGUUCGGCACACUGAGUGAUUACUUCAAUUUACUGUACACCGAGACAAAGACAGUACCAGGACACGCCCCUCCAAUUAUUCCCAGCCUCAGUGGGGAUUUCUUCUCCUACGCCGAUAGGGACGACCAUUACUGGACAGGAUAUUUUACAUCUCGACCUCUUCAAAAAAAUCUUGAUCGUGUUUUGGAGCAUAAUCUAAGGUGACACAGUUUACAUAUAUUUGAGAACAUCCUGUUUUGAACCGCUUACAGGGCUGGUUUUUUUGUGGUCCCCCCCCAUUUAAAAAAAAAAAUUGUGUACAUCAUAUUUUGAUAAAACAAUCAAAUUUCAAUAACAUACAAAGCAAUAACAUACAAAGUUAAAAUAAUUUUAAUUGUAACAUUGGAUUCAUAUAAAGUUAAUGAAGCUUAUUUUGGAAUUUAGUUUAAUGUUUGGAAACUCCACCAAUGGCCAUUCCAUCAGUCGCGAUAACAGCAGAAAAAGAACAAGCAUAAUUUAUUAAUUUAUUUCAAAACAUGAAUAAUUAUUUUGUCGAUCUUAGCCCUUAUACCAGCCUUUUACUCAGAUUUUAGGACAUAAUUAUACCAUCCCGACCCCCUGGGAAAUUGGAAUGCUGACGCUGUCAUUAUGUUGGGAUGGUCUCCAUUGACACCCGACCGAGUGGGCGCUGUGAGGGCUGUCCAGGUGAAGGGAGGUCUUGAAAGUGCUGCUUCAUGGCCCGGAUACUCUAGCUUAUUUGGGGGGGGGGGGGAUGCUUUGGGGAGGGCAUAAAGAGCUUGGUACUAGCUCAACGGCCCGCUGAAGCCAUUUUCUAAUGUACAAUUUCAGUAGGCAUAUAUAUAUUAAAAAAAGUAAUUCCCCUGUAAGUUUUAAUGACUAUUUAGGCUUCAGGUUCUUCAUUCUGCUUUGAAGUCCAUCUAGAAUUUUUGUUAUUUGUUUCGCAAAAUAAAUAUGUCCUUGCAAUGCGUUGCCAAAUAAUGUUGAAUUAAUUUUAUCAUCAGAUCAGCUGAAAUUAUAUUCAGCUUGUCUCAGGUCCAGGCGAGAAAGCAUUCAUCUGCCAACUUCCCUAGUAAAGUCUUCAUGCAGAAACUCGUGGAGUCUAGGAGAGGUCUCGGCCUGUUCCAGCACCACGAUGCAAUCACUGGGACGGCCAAAGAGCAUGUUGUUGUUGACUACGGCCAGAGGUCAGUUCUGUCAUUGUGAUAAGGUGGUCAGUUUUUAAAACGGCUGCAUUCAAAAGACAUUAUCCAACUGAACAUAGGAUUAAAGAUUGCCAUUUAAUGCUAAAAAAGUUUAACAUUUAAAUUGCAUAAAAUCUUUGAGGCUUCACAACUUCACCUGAGAUAUACAAAUUUAUAUAUUAUCCAUGUCCAGGCAGGGAAGAUGUUAAAAUACAUCACUUGACUAAUUGUCUUAGAAAAGGAUUAUCUAUAUGUUAUUUAUCUGAAAAGUCUAAAUUAUUUUUGAAUAUUAGUUUAAAUACAAAUCCUCUUGUAAAAAAAAAUGUACACCCUUCCCUGUGGCGCUAUAGCCCAUGCAGGGCUUUGCCCUGCCUCACCACUUCCUUCCACUCAGACGUAACUAAUGCUUUUCUUUUCCAUGCAUGGAUUCCCAGCUGCUGCAUAUCUUUUUCCACAUCAUCCAUCCAUCUAAAGCUUAGGUCCGCCUUUGAGGCAUUUUCCUCUGGGGCUUUGGUGGUGCAGCCUCUUCACUCCUCUGUCAUUCUUUCUAAGUGUCCUGUCCGCCGCAGCCUGCCCCUUUUUUAAUUUCUACUACUAGCGUGGGCUUUUUGUACAAUCCAUACAAAUCCUGCUUGGUUCGUAGUCUCCAGCCACACUCAACCUGUAACAAAAUGUAACCAAUACUAUAUUCGUUGACCCUGCCUGACACAGUACAUUUAUAAUGUAUCUUUAGAUUGCACAAAGCCAUCACCAAUGCCAAGACCAUCAUAGCAGAGUGCAGUGCAUUCUUGUUGAUGCAGAAGAAAACUGACUACACGUGGACUGAGGACAAACUUUUAUUUAACAUCGUAAGUAAGAUUUGGGUGUUGAGUUGUUUGUUUUGAUCAUAAUUGAUGUUCUACUGCUCACCACGCUUGCUUUGUUUAGAAUUAAAUUCUUACCUUAUCUCCUUAUAAAAUUUACUGUUCACUGUCAUUCACCGCGUCUAGGACGAGAUGAGGACAUCACAUGACAGCUUACCCAACCGUCCAGUUCUAGAACUAGGUGAACAGUCAAAGUAAGUAAAACCGCACUAACAGCCAAUGUAAGGAGAACUAAGUUAACAGCAUAAGCAAGUAAAAUGAAGUUAAAAGGCAUAGUAAGUAGAACUGUGUAAAAGCCAAGUUAGGAUAUAUUUUUAAACAACGUGGAUCAGGGACUACAACUCUGAAGACAGAUUAUUUCACUGUGUGAGAUCUUCUCCCAAUUGAUUUGUGAAUGAAGCUAACUUGAAAACAUUUUGUCCAAAAAAAUUUCUUUAUGUAAAAUGGAAUUUUUGUGUGACUCUUGAUUCAUUGAAAUUUAAAGAUGCUAACUUAACAAAGAAAGACCAUUUUACCAAUUUAAAAAUUCCCGCCCAUAGUAAUGAAUAAUGUGUCUUUGGACAUUUAUAUGAUGUGUCAUAAUAAUAAUAAACAAAUAAAAGUCUGUGAUGCAGGGAGAGAUUUGUGUGUGGUACUUGGAAAACAUUGUUUGAGUCGCUUCCCCUACAAUCACGCCAACCUUGUCGCUUCAUGUGGCUUGAUAGUAAAUUGUAUUUGUUACCUCAAACUUUUUCAACCCUUGGCCGCCUAUUACCCUGAUAACAUGUGUGUUAUUUGAAUGAUCUUUGCUCUGCUAGGCCAGUCCUGCUCUACAACUCACUGGCCCAGACAAGAACAGAAGUGGUCAAGUUGUGGACAUCCUGGCCUUUUGUUGAAGUGAGAGACUCCAAUGACCAGAUCAUCCACUCACAGGCUGAACCGCAUUGGGCAGAGUUUGGGGCCAUUUCCCCCGGCGUCUUUAAGGUUUGUGCUUUUAAAAAAAAUUAAAAUCAAAAUUUGCGUUCUCUAAAAAAAAAAAAUCCGCUUGUGCUGUUUUUUUUUUAUUGUUCACUGUAGAAGGCUUUUUGACAGCAUGUUUUGUUUUUGUCUCCCCUGUCUGGUUUUCCCCAUACCCUGUGUUUGUUAUAUCCAAUUGCAUAACCAGAUAUCACAGUUCCCCAUCAUUAUAUUUGUUAUACCCAAUUGCAUAACCUUUAUCACAGUCCCCCAUCAUUAUAUUUGUUAUAUCCAAUUGCAUAACACUGUAUCACAGUCCCCCAUCAUUAUAUUUGUUAUAUCCAAUUGCAUAACCAGAUAUCACAGUCCCCCAUCAUUAUAUUUGUUAUAUCCAAUUGCAUAACCAGAUAUCACAGUCCCCCAUCAUUAUAUUUGUCAAUUGCAUAACCUUUAUCACCGUCUCCCCUUGACUACUUUGUGCACACCUUAGAGCCCUUUCCGCCAGGGUGUGUGAGAUUUUUGCACAAAGAAACAUUUCAGUGAGCUGAUCACUGGGGAGCAGCCAUUAAAAAAAAAAAAAAAAAUUAAACAGCCCAGCAAAAUUGUCUCAUUAAAUCUUGUUGAAAGAAAUUCAUUUCUGCUCAAGGACUUUUUGUAGGAUCUUUUCAAAAUAACCCAUGCACAAAAGGUCAAGCAACUAGAAGAUCUACUGAAAAUGAAACAUUAAUGUCAAAUUAGUUUCUUUAUUUUCUAACAAGUGAAAAAUAAAUUUCAUUUAAUUUAUAUGAAAUGAAGUAAGUGGAAAAAACCUGAAGGAAAAAAAAAAAUAAAUGAAACAACAGAUGUUUCAGCAAAAAGGACUUCCUCGGGGGAAAACAAAACAAAUGAAACAACAGAUGUGUCAACCCUUUAUUGUACACAGCGGGCUGGUAAAAUUCAGGAUGAAAAACUUUCUUAAAUAGAUUUCUAGGAUAAUUUUACCCAUUAAAAUAUUUUGCUCAACAAUUUCACACAAUGAAAUAUUUUGUUCAAUAAUUGAUUCUCCUAUCUGCACCAUGAGCAGAUUUCAUUUGUAGCUGACCUGCCUGGGCUGAGUAUUAAAAAAUUCACUAUCAAGAGAGUUGGGGCAGGGGAGGACACAAAGAACCAUCUGGUGUCCAUAACGCUGCUCAAUGCUGACAAGGACUAUGGCAUUAAGGGGUGAGUUGACAAGAACUAUGGCAUUAAGGGGUGAGUUGACAAGAACUAUGGCGUUAAAGGGUGAGUUGACAAGGACUAUGGCGUUAAAGGGUGAGUUGACAAACAACUAUGGCAUUAAAGGGUGAGUUGACAAGGACUAUGGCAUUAAGGGGUGAGUUGACAAGAACUAUGAUGUUAUUAUAUGGUGAGUUGACCAAACUAUGAUUUAUUGGGUGAGUUGACAAAACUAUGAUUUUAUAGGAUGAGUUGACAAAACUAUGAUGUUAUUAUAUGGUGAGUUGACCAAACUAUGAUAUUAUAGGGUGAGUUGACAAAACUAUGAUGUUAUUAUUAUGGUGAGUUGACCAAACUAGGAUGUUAUAGGGUGAGUUGACAAGAACUGAUGUUAUUGGGUUAGUUGACAAAACUAGGAUGCUAAGAAAUGAGUUCAGACUUUCAGAAACAAUCAACAAUUGUAAAUAACUUCAUCAAAAGUAAUUUAAUUUUUUUUUAUCCCACAGGGGUCCAUUCCCCAUUGAUUCAGUGACCAAGGAAUCAGAUUUCAAACUUGAAACUAAGUUUCUGGAGAGCACCUUCUCAGGAACCACUGGACUACUAAAGGUUUGGAUGAGAAGAUCACUUCACACAUUUGAUUCUAUGUCCACAUCUAGUGUGUUGAAAAUAUGUUUUUUUUGUUUUUUUUUUUUGUUGGGGGUUUUGGGGGGGGGGGGGGGGAGGGGGUUUGAACAGUUGUUCAGGGAUACACUUUAAAUAUUUGAGAAUGUUCCCUCAAAACCCAAUCCAAAAUGUUAUAAAACUAGCACCUGUGAUAUUUUUUAAAAGUAGUUUUUGGUGCAAAAUGUCCGAGACCGAAUGAUCCCUUUAAUACUGUGGAUAUAGACUUUUCAGUGAGCUUACUGAGUGAUCAGAUAUUGUGAGAUCUUUGUGGUGAUGGUUGUGUGAGUGACUGGGCACAUCACGAAUGGAGGGCAGAGGAAAUCUUCCCUUCCAGCUGCAUGAACUUUAUAUAUUUCUCUUCCAGUCCGUCAAAGUUCUCAGCAAUGGAGAGGAAUUCAAAUCCGAACUGGAAUUUAUUCAGUAUGGAACCAGAUUGGCCAAUGACAAGUCUGGUGCAUACCUGUUCUUACCUGAUGGUGAUGCCAAGGUACAGUUCUUCCCCCCCAUUACCUGUCACAACUAUUUUUUUACACCUUAUUUUAUAAAUUGCUCAUUGUAACACAGUGUAUUGGUGUGGUAUUUGGGCUUCCAUUGUAAUGUCAUUUACAGUGCAGAAAAUGAAUUUGAAAUCCUUGUUUUGCAGCCGCUGCUCACGUCAAGACCAAAUCUCAUCAAGAUCAUCAAAGGUCCCAUAACAUCAGAAGUGCACGUGUCCACCCAGUACAUACAGCAUGUUGUGAGGCUUCAUAAUUCUCCUGGUAAGCCUUACCCAUCUGCCUUGUUACACCUGACGUAAGGAUGGUUGUGUAUAACCAUCUUUACGCCCUGUCUCAUUAUUUUUGUUAACAUUUUUAUAUCCACAUAGACCACAGAGUAAAAAGAAAACUUCUGUUACACGAACCUUUUCUAUCCCCUCCCCCCCUUCCCCCGAAUGAUGAAAUAUAAUGUUAUUAGUCUGUAAACUCAAUAACUUUGUCAAGACGAUAUGAAUAUUGAUUCAAUAAAGAAGAUCGGAUAAAAUGUUUUGGCAUUCUCUCAUAAAAUUUCUAAAGUUAAAUUGAUAUUGUACAUAUUAUUGUAUAAUAGUUUAUUUAAAUCAAGGGACAAAACUGGUCAGAAAUUCAACAGACUACACAAACUAAAAUGAAUAAAAACUCUUUGAUUUACUGGUUUGUAAUAAUUUCUAAUAAUACUGUAAAACUGCUUCCCAUUAAUUAACUGAUAAGUGUUCCACAGAUCUUUGAAGAUGAACAUUAAUUGUCAUCUUUUUCAGAUCUUCAUAUUAAAAUGUUAAUGACGAGAGCCAUUUGCGACAACCCAAUUUUGUUAUUUGAGGUGGGAUAACUGGUGAAAAGCUCAAUUUUCAAAAAACUCUUGAGGUCUCUAACUUUUUUCAGCUAUUGGUAUUAUUAAUGAAAUAAAGUUAUUCCUCUUUGUGAAAAAUUGAAGCUCUUGCGCGGUAAAGCUCUAUGCUUUGUGAGUUUGCAUUAAAAAGUAAUACUGUUAAGUACAUAUCGAUCCAUUAAAAUAAAUCCUGUGCCAUUUAAAAAAAUACACAGCGCUGCAAAAAUGAUAUCGCGGUGUUUGGAAAAAAUAAGUGCUUUACGUCACUGAUGACAAAAUAGUUUAUUAUUAGAAAUCUGUGACGUAAAACACAAAAAAGAAAGAGAUGAUCACCGAGACGAAUGUUAUAAUGGUCGCACAAGUUUUGCGUUACUUUUGGGUAUGCGCCAAACCAUGCGUGCGUGAGUUCUUCGUAGACCCUACCAUAAGCUGCUCUGGAUAUAAAAAUAUUGAAUUAUUUCACCUGACUUGUAGGUUUCGGGAUGUCCUUGGAUGUGUCCAAUGAUAUUGUGGAGUGAUUUGUUCAAUCUUACUUGUAGGCGGUGACAGCACAUCCCUAAAUAUUUCCAAUAAUGACUUGUUCCAUCUUACUUGUAGGCACUGAUGGCACAUCCAUAGACAUGUCCAAUAUUGUCGACAUCAGAAGUACACAAAACAAAGAAGUUGGUGUCAGAAUACACACAAACGUGGAGAACACAGACCACACUUUUUACUCAGAUCUCAAUGGGUUCCAGGUAAUUGAAAAAUUGUCUUGGCUUUAGAUCCCACCUGAUUAUCAGCUGAUAAAUUUACAAUAUAAAUUUUCGAAUUAUUCAAGCUAAAUUAUUGUUUUCAAAGCAUGUAGUUCAAAAACUUUGGGGCCAGUGGAUCUAUUUGUAAAGGGUGAGGCAGAGCAAAACUUUCAUGUUUUUAAUUAUUUUUUAAAUCCGUUGUUUGAAAACGUUAUUUGAUUCUCAACGCCCUUCCCGAAUUCAGGAUUUUCCCAAGAAGCCCUCCUAUGCAAAAACACUGUAAAAUUGUGAAUAAUUUUGUUCAAAUGCAAAGAUUAGGUAAAAAUUGGUGAAACACAGAUUUAAUACCACAAAGUAACACCAGAGACGUCUUCAAACAGUUUCAACUAAAUGAUUUAAUGGUUUGCACUGAGUCCAGCUGAAUGUAGCAUCUUUCCUCAUUUAAUUGAAAAUAAAAUUUUGUAAAUUUUGUAACAUUUCCUGGUGCAACUGUGAUUAGCAAUUGUCAGGGAUAAGGUGAAGAAAGUGGGGGGGGGGGGGAUUAUGGGUCUAGUGGAAGGGACAUGUUCUUUGUUCCAUCAUUUUUAACAAAUAUUUGAAUAAAAUGAUGAAUAAAUGGAUCGUGGCCCCUUAAUAUAUAGAAGAAGCACAGAUAAUAUCUUGACUUACUGACAGUUCAAAAGGUUUUAAAACUAUUUAUUGUUUUUGGGGUUUCAAGUCGGUUUCCUAAACAUUGUUUUUUUACAGAUGCAAAAAAGGAAAUACUAUGAAAAGCUGACACUGCAAGGCAACAUCUACCCCAUGCCAACCAUGGCGUACGUGCAAGAUGGCAGCAGGAGAGUUAGCGUGUUGUCAGCGCAGUCUUCUGGCGUUGGCAAUAUAUUACCCGGUAAGUUUACACUGGAUGGGCAGCUGCUUUCAAAGUUCUCAAUAUCUGAAUGCUGUUACUAUUAAUGUUUGCACUUCACUCCAAACAACAGUUCAAAACUUAGGUCCGGCUACAUCUGCUGUUAAUAUGAGACAUGAAAAUCUAUUUGAUAGGCUCCCCCAUCAUAAAGAUACAUGUCAGCAUGAAAAGUAAAACUGUCAGUGAAGCUUUUCAAAAGAGAUGGAAUUAGGCAAACUCAUUGCUGAAGUGUUCAUGAUUAUUGAUCAGUAACUACUAAGUCCCUGCGUCAUGUCAUUACUUAUUAUCCACAUUACAUUUUAUUGAUCUGCUACUUCUCCGUCCCCAUGACAUGUCAUUACUUACUGUCCACAUUACAUUUUAUUGAUCUGCUACUUCUCAGUCCCCAUGUCAUGUCAUUACUUACUGUCAACAUUACAUUUUAUUGAUCUGCUACUUCUCAGUCCCCAUGUCAUGUCAUUACUUACUAUCCACAUUACAUUUUAUUAAUCUGCUACUACUCAGUCCCCAAGUCAUGUCAUUACUUACUAUGCACAUUACAUUUUAUUGAUCUGCUACUACUCAAUCCUCAAGUCAUGUCAUUAGUUACUAUGCACAUUACAUUUUAUUAAUCUGCUACUACUCAGUCCCCAAGUCAUGUCAUUACUUACUGUCCAUGUUACAUUGUAUUGAUCUGCUACUUCUCCGUCGCCAUGUCAUGUCAUUACUUACUGUCCAUGUUACAUUGUAUUGGUCAAGAAAUGGAUUGUAGUUUCCUGUUGAUUCACUGAUACCUUCAUGUGCUGCCAUUUAUUUUUCUCAGGCGCCAUAGACAUAAUGUUUGACCGUAGAUUAAACCAGGAUGACAACAGGGGACUGGGUCAAGGCGUCCUUGACAACAGGCCCACACCGAACAGGUUCAGAUUGCUGUUUGAGAAACGGUCGACAAAUGUGGAGGUAAAACAACCAUGGGUGUGUGGUCUCUCUCUCUCCUCUCUGAAUUGGUCCAUAACUUUCUGUACCAGAUAAGCAAGCUGUUGAAAGCAAUGUAAGGCAACAGCACUCUGUCCUGGCCCCUUAUAUGCAAGUUAACAGCAACAAUGACAUGUCUAUCACUCUCUGUCAAACUCUUUAUAUGCAAGCUACUAACCAUAGAUCUCUGUACCAGAUGUCCAAGCUAUCAUCAGCCUGCUGGCAUUUCAUUUUGAUACAAUAUUUUUGUUAUGAUAUAAUCAAUAGAUUUGAUCCAAAAAUUUAUUGGUGCGUUUCACAUAAGCAUCUUGCAGCUGUACAUUUAUUCAUUCAUUAAAUUUAUCAUACUUACAAUCAUUUGGAUUGAAUCCAGAAUGAUUGCAAAGUGCUUUCUUACAUAUUUUUUUUUUUUUUCAGAUAGUUGACCCAGAAACGUCAUUCCCGUCACUACUAGCACAGCUGUCAUCUUUAGCACUUAUUCACCCCAUGUUUGUCAUGCCAAGGAGUUUUCAUGGAAGGGAGUUAACAUUAGAUAAGGAAUUCUUCCUACUAACCGAUUCCCUCCCCUGUGAAGUUCAUAUGCUCAACCUCAGGGUGCUGCAAAACAGUGAUGAUGAUAAGGAGGUCGGUAUAGUUUCUUUCAUCACAUAAAAACAUGUAUUCUUUUAUCUAAUAAUAUAAAGAGUAUAUAUUUCUUUUAUCCCACAUUGCCCACAAGUAUAUUUUGUUUAUCUGAUAAAGAGUAUAUAUCCCCUAAAGAGCAUAUAUUUCCUUUAUCCAAUAAAGAGGAUAUAUUCUUUUACUCAAUAGAGAUUAUAUAUAGUGUCUUAAUUCUUAUCCGUAAAGAGUAUUUGGUUGGUAUAUAGUCUUUCAUCAGAUAAUGGAUAUUGAGUCUUUUAUGAAAUAAAGGUGGUAAACGCUAGCCGAUGAUUCUUACUACGCAGCCCUGAGAAGCUGCUCCAAGGCAACCGUUUCAUCCCAGCUACUUCGCAAAUUAGUUGUGUGGUAGAAAGCCACUGUGGAAACCCUCUUAAAGGGCGUCUGACGCUUCCCCGGGUGGGGGAAGAUAUUAGGACGUAAAUCUACCAUCCCGACUCCUGAGAAAGUCUAUUGUGUGCACUGUGUGCUGGGUUGGGGGGGGGGGGGCCCGGCGGAACCCGAUCAAGCGGACGGGAGGGGGGACUGUACUGAAAAAGGGUUAAAGGGCGUCUGACGCUUCCCCGGGUGGGGGAAGAUAUUAGGACGUAAAUCUACCAUCCCGACUCCUGAGAAAGUCUAUUGUGUGCACUGUGUGCUGGGUUGGGGGGGGGGGUCCAGCGGAACCCGAUCAAGCGGACUGGAGUGGGGACUGUACUGCAAAAGGGACAUCUCCAACGUGCCGCUUUGUGGCCUGAUAACGGGCUUAUGGGGAGUGCUUUGGGGAGGGCAUAAAUAGCAUUAGCUCGACGGCCCGCUGACGCCAUUUCUUAAUGUGACAUCAAAUAAAUGGAAUAAAUUAUGUUAAUAAUAAUUGAUAUACAUUUAUUAUCAAAUGAUGGGUAUAUAUUCUUUUAUCAAAUAAUGCGUAUGUUAUUUUGUUUAAAAUAAUGGAGUUAUAAUAUUUUAUCAAAUAAUGGGUAUACAUUCUUUCAAAUUCUGUUAUUGAAAAAUCUGAUACGUUCAUCAGCUCCAGUAUGUUCCCAAAGAGUCCAGUCUCUUAUUACUUCGUCAUCUCCCAAGUGACUGCAGUUUUCCAAAACCACACCUUUCAUGCCUAGUGCAGGAGGGCAAGGUAAUCACACUCAAUAUUGACUUGGUUAUUUUACUGUAGUUUUGUUCGCUGCUUGCUCUAAAAGGAAUUUUCGGACUUUGUUGGCAUACACCAGGAUAUAUUCAUAUCCAUCUUAUUGGAAAAGAGAAUAAGUCAUCUUGUAAACAAAUGGCAAGAUGAAAACAACCAUCCAAAGACAAAUUCUUCAGACAAAAGGAGUGUCUUUGAUGUUGUAUAAAAAAAAAAAAUUAAAAGAAAAAGAGAACUCCAUUGAAACAAAAAGCUAUUGAGCUUUUCUUACCACAAAAUUAUUCGCCAAAAGUCUUGAUCCAGACUAAUUUUAAGGAACAACGAAAAACUCAAACAAGGAUUUUAAAGACUGAAAAUAAGAUAUGUACGAUGAAUAAAAAACAACUUUCCAUUUAUUUGGAUCAUUAAAAAUUUCUGAUCUUAUCUUAUUAAGCAUUUAUUAUUAAAAUUAAAUUAAAAAACUGACUUCAGUGGGCAUAAAAUAGUCUGGAGAAUAUAUCUUGUUUUUUAAUUUAUUUUUAGAAAUUUCCUCUUAAAAGUAACGAUUACAGUCAUAGCGUUUCCUUGAAUUUUUUUUUUUACCAGAUAUGCAAUUCACCUGGUGUAUGCAAAAGUCUAAAUAAAUUGCCAUAAACUCUAAAAAGUUACAUGGAUGUUUUGGUCACUGGUGGCAUAAACCAAGAUAUAUUCAUGUCUGCCAUAUUGGAAAAAAAUGAGAGCCAUGGCAUUUCAGACAAUGGAGUCUAAUAAGCCAUAAUAUUUUAGACAAAUAUGUCUAAAGAGACAUGCAAUUUCAGACAAUGAAGUCUAAUGAGAAAGUCUAAUGAGCCAUACUAUUUCAGACAAUUAAGCCUAAUGAGCCAUGGCAUUUCAGACAAUGGAGUCUAAUGAGCCAUAAUAUUUCAGACAAAUAUGUCUAAAGAGACAUGCCAUUUCAGACAAUGAAGUCUAAUGAGGAAGUCUAAUGAGCCAUACUAUUUCAGACAAUUAAGCUUAAUGAGCCUUACUAUUUCAGACAAAUAUGUCUAAAGAGCCAUGCCAUUUAAGACAUUUAAGUCUAAUGAGCCAUGCCGUUUCAGAUAGUGGAUUUGAAAGUUUAAAAAAUAAUUUUUUUUUAAAGUGUUCAACCAAGAAUAGGGUACUGUUUCAAUUUAGUUCAUUUCGAUUAUCCUCCCUCUUUCAGGUCACCCUUUCCGGUUUGUUUACUAAUGCAGAAGUGAAAAAAAGUGUUGUGACCUCCUUAAACAUGAAUCGUCAAAUAUCUGUGAUCAAUCCCAGCUCAUUCCUACAAGUGCCUCCCAUGGAGAUCACAGCAGUUCAAGUGGAGAUUUCAUGAGGAACUUACAGUGUUGUAUGCUAUUGUAUUUUUGUCCCAUCAUGUUCCCCCAAGCAUAAGCUGAAUUUUAUUUAAGUGCUUAAGUGAAUAGCUGUUUCACCCUGGUAGUGAAAUUAGCAAUCUUGUGGAAUGUACAUAUGUUUUUGAUCCAUUAUUUGCAUUUCUCUUUUGCCCUAUUUCGUUCUUCACUUACCUGUUUAUAAUCUGAUCCCCUAUUCAAUUAUAUGAUUAGAAUUGGAUUGACAGCAAACAUGAAGUCCCAUCAAUACAAUUCUCUGUAAUAAUAAAAGUGUUGGACUGCAAACUGUUAAAUUAAUUUAAAUAAAUUUAUUUUUAAAAGCAAAUAAUCAUUGCUGGCCUUGAACAACCAAAAAAAAUAUUGUUUAUAUCAUACUUAAAUAAAUAAUCAUUGCUUACUCCUUGUAAGCCACAUAAUCGUUGUUGACCCUUUGCACAACCAAGUAAUCAUUGUUCAUCCCUUGUCGAACCAAAACUGAUGAAUUAAUUUUAUUUGAACGAAGUGGCUAUUCGGACCCGGGUCUGAGAAGUUAGAGGUUGGGAUUAAAAUUUAAAAAAUAAUAAUUAAUUAUUGUCUAAAGGGACCCGGGUCCAAAUAGUGGUGAUGCGUUUCCGGUUCCAUGAAGACUAGCCCAUGUUCAAUAACCGCAGCCUUAUAUGAAAUCAAAGCAACCACUUGGUGAAUCAAAUGAUUGCAAUGCUUUUUUGUUACAGAAUAUUUGUUGCUGAAAAUACUACAGGUAUGCCAGGUAAUUUUAUGAUAUAUGAAGCAAUUUUAUGAUAUAUCAGGUAAUUUUAUGAUAAGAGAAUUUUAUGCCAACAAACCUUUUCAGUCGGUUUAAUCAUGCGUAAUGACGUGAUUAUCUUCUUGACGAAUCGUCACUUUCAAAUACCUGAUGAUGUUUCAGUCUAGUCAUGAUAUGAUUCUCUUUACCUCUACUCAUCAUUUAUGAUGAUACAUUUCAAACACUGUUAAAUCACUGGUUUUACUGGACUCAUAAAAAAAAGUCUUAACCACGGGUCGCCAGAGUCAUUUGAUGCAGCCUCACAUCAGGUCUGAUAGAAUAAAGGCCUUGUUAGGUGUAGAUUGUAAACAAAAAAAUUAUUGAACUUUUUAUUUUCUUUAAGUAAUAGAGCAAAACAGAGUAGAAAUUUAAUUAAAAAUUGCUGCUUCGUCAAUGUGUUUUCCAGCUAUUAAUUUGGUAGGAGGUUGAAAUCCCUUCAAGACCGGUGAAGUCAUUUGCCCAAACACGCAUGCACUGAAUGUUUUGGGUUCAAGACUGUUUCGACAGCUGAGGAGCUUUAAAACAUCCUUUGAUUAAAAUCUUUAAAAAAUAUACAUUAAAAAGUUCUGAAAGCCUGCUUACUUUAAUUCCUACUUCUUAAACCACUUAACCUUGAUUUAGCCAUGCAAGUGCUCUAGAACUUAAACAGCCAUAAUAUAACUUAAUAUAAGUUGAUUUUGUGUAGACAGCUGCAUUAUGGCUUUCAAUCUAUGAUUGUUAUGUAAAGUUAUUUUUAAAAAAAACCCACAAAAUUCACAACGCAGAUUGAGAAUACAGUGGAACGCUGAAAUAUCGCAUGCUAUGCCAUGCACGGUUUAUGUCGUUGCUUUAUGUUAUAAUGGGGCCAUUGUUAUAAAAGGUUUUGUAUCCCCUGGUUAAAGUUCAGAGGCCAUGUUAUUUGCUUUUGAAAAAAGAUCUUGUAGUGAAAGUGUGAAUCAAAAUAAAGCAGAAACUUGGAUUUCUUCCACAUUGUGGACAUCUUGUUUCUGGACAAGUUUUUUGAUGUACUGUUGAUGCUGUCACUUUGCUAGUGUUGAUGAUGUCAUUUACCCAAUUUGAAUAAUGUAAUUUUCCUAUUGUUGAAAGCUGUGUACCUGAAGGAUUGAUGAUAUUUUCCUAUUGUUGAAAGCUGUGUACCUGAAGGAUUGAUGAUAUUUUCCUAUUGUUGAAAGCUGUGUACCUGAAGGAUUGAUGAUAUUUUCCUAUUGUUGAAAGCUGUGUACCUGAAGGAUUGAUGAUAUUUUCCUAUUGUUGAAAGCUGUGUAUCUGAAGGAUUGAUGAUAUUUUUGAUAUUUUCCUAUUUUUGAAUGCUGUGUAGUAGAGUGUUUGUUGAUAUUUUCCUUCUGCUGACAGUUAUGCACAGGAAUAAUAACCAUACUCUGUAUUUCUUAUUGGCACUUUGAUUGUACACUGUUCUUGCUGUUUGUAUCUGAAAUAGUCACUUUUUUUUAUAUAAACAAGAAUCAUCGCAAGGCUGAGAGCAUGUGGUAAAUUUACUUUAGUCCUGAGGUUCUUGGUCAGGCUCAGCAACAGUGGUCUAUAAUGUUACACAAAUGGUCUGCAAUGUGAAUGCACGGCCCAGGGAUGUGUAUAUGUUCACUAUCUCCCCCAAAAGAUAAACAUUAUAUAUAACAUUGUUUGGAGGAGCUAGUUUUACUUCUUGAGUGUUUCCAAUAUGUCACCAGCCUAGUGUUGUCAUUCAUUGCCUACCUCAGUGGUGUGCAAACUCAUUAGUCAAAAGAGCCAAAAAUCAGCCGUAGGAUGAUUGAAAAAAAUUUGAGAGCCAAAUUUAUUUUCAAGAACCUGUCAAGAACCAUGGUUUUCGGAGUCAAACUCGAGUUGUGGCCGACUGGCCGGGCCACACUAGGGUCACUGAAGGGCUGCAUGCGGCUCACGAGCAGAGAUUUGCAGACCACUGGGCUAGCUGAAGUCCUGGCCAUGAAUGCGUCAUCAGUCUAAUCAGGGAAAUUUUCCAGCUGAAACCCAGCGGCCAGCUUAAACUCUGGGACAAUCAUGAGACCAGCAGAGUGGUCUCAUUAUUAUUAGUUGAAACACUGGGGCCAAGAGGUUGUUUUUAAAAUUUUGAACCUUAGCUUCAUCUGUCUUAUCUGUAACAUAUGGGGGAUUCCUCAGACAGUCUAAGGAAAAACUAAGGCAAGACGAAAAAUAAAAUUUUAAUAUAUAUUUAUUUACGAAUAAGAGGUUUCAAGUGAUAUAUUGUAAAUUUACAUCAAUCUAUGCAGACAAAAGAUAAGAAGGUGUGCGGCAGAAAAAGAUAAGAAGGUGUGCGGCAGACAAAAGAUAAGAAGGUGUGCGGCAGACAAAAGAUAAGAAGGUGUGCAAAGUUCAACAAGAAAUUCCAAUAGUAAUUUGUUUCGCUAUUUAAAUUAAAGUGUUAAUAAAUAUGUAACUUGACGC